CACCAGGACGCCAUUUGGUGUGGACUCUGCUAUGAGUCAGUGUGAGGACAGAGAGGAGGGACCCCCUCCCUCUAAAAAACCUACUCUGUGGGGGGACCAUGACAGCCAGACCAAAGCUCAGAGGAUGCAGCAGCAGAAACCUGGACCUGGACCCAGCUGUGUGUCCAUGAAGAGUGACCGGUCUAUGGAUCGUCCUAUUAACUUUAAAGAUGGACAAGCUGUUGAUGGAAGGAUGCAGCAGCAAAGACCUGGACCUGGACCCAGCUGUGUGUCCAUGAAGAGUGACUGGUCUAUGGAUCGUCCUGUUAACUUUAAAGAUGGACGAGCUGUUGAAAGGAUGCAGCAGCAGAAACCUGGACCUGGACCCAGCUGUGUGUCCAUGAAGAGUGACUGGUCUAUGGAUCGUCCUGUUAACUUUAAAGAUGGACGAGCUGUUGAAAGAGUGGACCAGGAGGGCUCAGAGGAUCCCAGUGGUCAGCCUGCCCAGCAGCAUCAAACCCACCUGGACUCCAUCUUUAUGCUGCUGGAGGAAAACAUUGUCACUUUUGUGAAGAACGAGCUGAAGAAGAUCCUGAAGCUUCUGAGUCCAGAUUACCCAGAAUGCCCAGAGAGUCAGAGGGAGGAUGAGGAGGUUUUGGAAGGUGAGGAUGAAGAUCAGAGGAGCAGCAAAGAGGCGUUUCUGAAGAUCACACUGCACUUCCUGACGAGAAUGAAGCACGACGAGCUGGCUGACCGUCUGCAGAGCAGAAGUCCAGCAGGAGUUUGUAAGAGUAAACUCAAAUCUAAGCUAGACAGGAAGUUCCAGUGUGUGUUUGAGGGGAUUGCUAAAGCAGGAAACCAAACCGUUCUGAAUCAGAUGUUCACAGAGAUCUACCUCAUGAAGGGGGGGGCUGCAGGGGUCAAUGAAGAACAUGAGGUCAGACGGAUUGAAACAGCAUCCUGGAAACCAGACACACAAGAACCAACAAUCAGACAAGAAGACAUCUUUAAAGCCCCACCUGGAAGAGAUGAACCAAUCAGAACCGUGAUGACAAAGGGAGUGGCUGGCAUCGGGAAAACAGUCUUAACACAGAAGUUCACUCUGGACUGGGCUGAAGGCAAAGCCAACCAGGACAUCCAGUUCAUAUUCCCAUUCACCUUCAGAGAGCUGAAUGUGCUGAAAAAGAGAAAGUUCAGCUUGGUGGAACUUGUUAAUUACUUCUUUAGUGAAACCAAAGAAGCAGGAAUCAGCAGGUUUGAAGAGGUCCAGGUGGUCUUCAUCUUUGACGGUCUGGAUGAGUGUCGACUUCCUCUGGACUUCCACAACACUAAAAUCAUGACUGAUGUUACAAAGUCCACCUCAGUGGGUGUGCUGCUGACAAACCUCAUCAGGGGGAAUUUGCUUCCCUCUGCUCGCCUCUGGAUAACCACACGACCUGCAGCAGCCAAUCAGAUCCCUCCUGGGUGUGUUGACAUGGUGACAGAGGUCAGAGGGUUCACUGACACCCAGAAGGAGGAGUACUUUAGGAAGAGAUUCAGAGAUGAGGUGCAGGCCAGCAGAAUAAUCUCCCACAUCAAGACAUCACGAAGCCUCCACAUCAUGUGCCACAUCCCAGUCUUCUGCUGGAUCACUGCUACAGUUGUGGAGGACGUGUUGAAGACCAGAGAGGGAGGACAGCUGCCCAAGACCCUGACUGAGAUGUACAUCCACUUCCUGGUGGUUCAGUCCAAAGUCAAGAACAUCAAGUAUGAUGGAGGAGCUGAGACAGAUCCACACUGGAGUCCAGAGUCCAGGAAGAUGAUUGAGUCUCUGGGAAAACUGGCUUUUGAGCAGCUGCAGGAAGGCAACCUGAUCUUCUAUGAAUCAGACCUGACAGAGUGUGGCAUCGAUAUCAGAGCAGCAUCAGUGUACUCAGGAGUGUUCACACAGAUCUUUAAAGAGGAGAGAGGACUGUACCAGGACAAGGUGUUCUGCUUCGUCCAUCUGAGUGUUCAGGAGUUCCUGGCUGCUCUUCAUGUCCAUCUGACCUUCAUCAACUCUGGAGUCAACCUGCUGGCAGAAGAACAAACAUCAUCAACACAGUUCUACCAGAGUGCUGUGGACAAGGCCUUACAGAGUCCUAAUGGACACCUAGACUUGUUCCUCCGCUUCCUCCUGGGUCUUUCUCUGCAGACCAAUCAGAAUCUCCUCCGAGGUCUGCUGACGCAAACAGGAAGUAGCUCUCAGACCAAUCAGGAAACAGUGGAGUACAUCAAAAAGAAGUUGGAUGAGGGUCUGUCUGCAGAGAGAAGCAUCAAUCUGUUCCACUGUCUGAAUGAACUGAAUGAUGGUUCUCUAGUGGAGGAGAUCCAACAGUCCCUGAGUUCAGGAAGUCUCUCCACAGAUGAACUGUCUCCUGCUCAGUGGUCAGCUCUGGUCUUCAUCUUACUGUCAUCAGAAGAAGAUCUGGACGUGUUUGACCUGAAGAAAUACUCUGCUUCAGAGGAGGCUCUUCUGAGGCUGCUGCCAGUGGUCAACGAAAAGCCAAAAAAGCUCUACUGAGUGACUGUGACCUAUCGGCGAGAAGCUGUGAAGCUCUGUCCUCAGUUCUCAGCUCCCAGUCCUCUAGUCUGAGAGAGCUGGACCUGAGUAACAACGACCUGCAGGAUUCAGGAGGGAAGCUGGUCUCUGAUGGACUGAAGAGUCCACACUGCAGACUGGAGACUCUCAGGCUGAGUCUCUGUAACCUGUCAGAGAGAAGCUGUGAAGCUCUGUCCUCAGUUCUCAGCUCCCAGUCCUCUAGUCUGAGAGAGCUCGACCUGAGUAACAACAACCUGCAGGAUUCAGGAGGGAAGCUGAUCUCUGAUGGACUGAAGAGUCAACACUGUAAACUGGAGACUCUCAGGUCAGGAUUCAUUAACCCAAUCAAAUGAUGACCAUUAAACUCUGGCUAACUGUAGUUGAUAAACAGCUGACUUGUAGCUUUGUCUCUGCUGAUACAAUAAACAUCGGCAGUAGUUAUAUAUAGUUAUCAUAUAAUUAUUCAUUUCUCGAUUCUGAGUUACUUUCCAUGAGGAUUUAUCAUUGUUUAUUAUUGAUAUUAAAUAAUUAAAUAGAGCAUUGGAUUUUAAAAGUCUAUUCUAAAUCUGGACUAAAAUGUACUGGAC